UGCAUGUAUUGAGGAAUCAAAGAUAAGGAAGAGAUUUUAAGAGACUAUCUGAAUUUGUGUUAUCCUUUUUUUCAUUUAGUCUCUUUCCAUACACCUUUACAUUCGUGAUUUUCGACAUUACAAAAAAGAAAAAAUAGCAAUCCUUUUAAGAUUUGCACGAGAGUUAAGAAUAAUAACGAGGUUCGAAGCCUCAAUUUAGAUUUUCUAUUCAUUAUUUUUAUUUUUAAAAUAGACAAACAUGAACACACAAAAAAAGACGUCAAGGGGGGUGAAAGCGCGGGUUUCUAGUCCAACCAAUGAUAGAAUUUCUCGUUUAUCAAUUUCUCCUCCUACUGCUGAUAUAAUUACGUCUUCUCCUGUGCAUCGCCCUUCUCGUUUGGCUUCUGUAAAAAGGGAAAAAGAAGAGGCUUAUCGACAAGGGGCUUUUAAUUUCAAUUUUCUCCAUUCCUCGCGCGAUCUCCCAGACAAUUUUGACCGCCCGGUGGAGUUAUCACAAAUCCUUGAACUCCUCGAGGAAAAAAACGAGGAAAACUCCCUUCAUAAUACUAAUAGGAAGGCCCUUUUAACGUCUUAUUUUUCGCCAUCACUCGCAAUGAAUCAUGAAGUAUUAGAAAGGCUUAAAGUGGUCUUGACGUGCCCAUUAUGCGGGAAUCUUUUACGAUCGGAUCCUGCGAUUAUUUCCACUUGCGGGCAUUGUUAUUGCUUUACCUGCAUCAACCGCGCCAUUGAAUAUGGUUCCCCACCGCUAACCACAACAUGGCUGUGGAGAAAAUAUCUUCCCUCCUAUAUUAAUAAAAAUAAUGAGAACGAGAAGGAGAGUUUCACCGAAUGCAAUAGAAAUGAUGGCAACCAAAAAAAUUCAAAAAAGAGGAAACGAGCACCGAAAAAGGUUAGCUUUUGCUGUCCAUUAUGUCUAAUACCGGCAUUUAAGUCGAUGCUGAUUCGGAUACCGUUGAUGCGAGAGCUCUGCAGGAAGCUCCACGAGGUCCUACCAAACCUUGAAAAGAUUCUUUACAAUCUACAAGAAAAAAACAAUAACGAAACGGGGAUAAAGAGCGGUCUUUGGACUUCAACCGAAGAAUCUCCGGUGGCUUUAUCUGUCCACGAAAUUGCCUUAACGGAAGCGGAGUCAACGCAGGCCAAUAUUAACAUCGAAAACUGCAGAGACGAUAAUGAUGGAAAUGGUAAAAAUAGGGCUUCUUUUAGGAAAGAGUUGUCAUCAUCUGGAAUGGAGGAUUCACACGAUUUAACCUUCGCUACGAAGAAUGAAAAUAUAGAGGAAUAUAAUACGAAUAGUGUUUCAACACCCUCUCAACAAAACGCACUCCAAGAGAAAGAAGAUCCACCGCAGGCCUCAUCCGAAAUUCUUUCAAAGGUGCUGUGUAAUGAUAGCAACGCCUCUCCUCCUUCAGGUAAUGAUAAUUCAUUAUCUUUACCUUUGGCCUCUGCUAAUUUUACGUCCUGUUCAUUAAGCUUAUUUCCACCUCCACCGCAGGGGAAAAUUCGACUAGUCUCGCCAUCUUCAAGAAUAUACUUUGAUGAUAUUGAUAAUAAAGAUGAAGAAACUUCAAGGGUUCGUCUGCGAAGAGAUUAUCUCCAUUGUGGAAGCAAUGGAUUACAUAGGGUUCCUUCGGGUAAAAUUACUAUGGAGGAGAAGGCAGCCUGCGGUAUUGUUGAUGAUCAUAAUAAACACAACGAGAGGGGUAAUUUUAUCACUGAAGAACAACACCACGCUCUCACAAUUGGGAAAGACCAACAACCUCUACGAUUUUCAUUAACGUCGGAGGGUUGCGAUGAUUCCAUGCUUCCUUUUCUCGCACAACGCAGUCUUUCCAAUACCCAUGGUGAGAACGAGGUGUUUGAAUUACAGAAACACGAAACAUCGGUUUUGGAAAACAAUAACAAUUUGGAGGAAGAAACGAACAAUGGAAACAACACCAAAAGCCCGAAUGGGUUGAAAUAUGGCGAGACCAAAAAACCAUUUAUUGAAACAAGGGAGGAAGUUCGGCAUAAACCAAUAGAAUCCAUUACUCCCAUGAGAGGAAUUAAUAGCAACAGUAAUACUAUUAGAAACGGUGGGAUUGAUUUAAAAGUGAGAAAAGGGCUCUCUGGUGAGCGUGUUUUAGGUGCCUUUUAUGAUUCUUUUGUUAAUUCCUUUAGCAAUUCUCCUUUAACGCAGCAAUCGCCAAACCUUCCUACCUUAGAACCAACGAUGACAAAAAAGAACUAUCAGGACAACUUUUCGGCAAGUAAAUCGGGAUGUCUUCCUAAAGAAGAAGAAGAAAAGAAGAAAACUCCGCGAAAGGAGAUGGUAGAAGGCAAAGAAAGCGGUCCUGAUACUGAGGAAAUUAAAGAAAAAACGAAUGAAAUGUUUCCUCCGAAAUCAACUUUAACGUGGAAUUCUUAUUCUUCUUCACGUGAUAAUAGCAUUUCCAGAGGAGCCUCAACCUCAACUGAGCAACUUAAUGACGAAAAUAGCAGGAUGUCUACUACUCCACCUCCAGUACUCCACCCGGGUGCAUUUCGGUAUCUACUGUACAACGAUACGCCAUGA